CUCUCGGAAGUUUAGCCAAGUUGAUUUAGCCCAACAGGCUAGCAGCAGAAAACACGGUCCGACCGCACAAAACUUGGUUUUCCCCGAGAAAAAAGUGCUUUUGGACGGAACCUCUUCCCCCGCAGUGAACCCCGGAGUACUACCGAUGGAUUUAAACCGUUUGUCGUCGUUUAAUCUGCGCGAACAGGAGCGUUAGACCCGUCUGAAAGAAGUUGUGAUUGUUUUUUUGGCGCUCUAGCAGCGCAGAGGAAAGAUGGAGGAUCUGCUGGUGUAGCAGCGGGCUAACGCUAGCUGGUUGUUGGUUUACUGGAGCUGCCUCACCACUGAGUGGAUGUCCGGAAAGUUUGGAGGCUGUAAUCCGACGCACUGACGGUAGCUGCUGUUCAUGUUUACAGAUAAACUUAAGCAUGAGAGUCCCUCGGGCUCUGAGGAUGGAACCAGGGCUACUGGAGGCAGGAUCUAGAAAUCAGAUGGUGCUCUGAAGAAGCCAUGGGUAGCUGUUUAAGCUGUCCAGAGAAAGAGUCAAUUCCAGAUAAUCAUCAAAGUAAAUUCAAGGUGAUAAACGUGGACGACGAUGGGAACGAGUUGGGCUCAGGUGUGAUGGAGCUAACCGAUGCUGAGCUCGUCCUCCACACCCAUCGCCGUGAUGAUGUCCGGUGGCCUUACCUGUGCUUACGGCGCUAUGGCUAUGACUCAAACCUGUUCUCAUUUGAGAGCGGCCGCCGCUGCCAGACGGGUCAAGGUAUUUUUGCCUUCAAAUGUUCUCGAGCUGAAGAGAUCUUCAACAUGCUGCAGGAGGUGAUGCACAGCCACAGCAUCAGCGUGGUAGAGGAGGCGGUGCUGGAGCCCAACCACCAGGCAGCACACACUCCUGCAGCUCUGGGUUACUCUGUGCCCACGGUGCCUAACGGUGUGACCAGGAUCCCGUCUGUGGGUGAGGCACCGUCUCACCCCUCCACCCGUCACCCAUCUGUGGCCAGCACCCGUCUGCCCUCUGUGGGAGAGGAGUCCACUCACCCUCUGCUGGUGGCUGAUGAAGCAGUUCACACCUACGUGAACACCACGGGGCUCCUGGAGGACCAGCCCAGCCCUCUAACUGUCACCACCCCUCUGGAGAGUCCCACCUCUCCUCAGUCUCAGUGUCCUCCGACCCCUCCGCCUCCUCCAAGGGUCCGCACCGAGCCGCCGGCCCCGCCUGCUCAGCCGGAGCCCCAGGUGCUGCUGGAGCCUCAGGGGGUUCGCUUCGUGCUGGGCCCCACCCCUGUUCAGAGGCAGCUGAUGGAGAAGGAGAAAAGACAGCAGGAGGCCAAGGAGGCCGAGGAGCCCCGAGACACUAACGGCCACACCGAGGCCCCCGCCGAGGCUGAGCCGGCCCCCCAGCUCUCCAACGGCUCCUCCUCCAAUCCCUCCACAGCUCCUCGCCGCCACCGCCCGCCCCCCCUCACCCCCGACCUGCAGAAUGUCAACAACUCGGCCCAGCGGCGCACCGCCCUGCUGGACUACGAGAACCUGCCGGCACUGCCGCCGGUGUGGGAGGCAAGGAAGCCGAGCUCGGAGGAGGAGGAGAACGGCUGCAGCGGCCUUAAAACGCCAUCGCUCAAUGGCUACAAUCACCACCCCCACCAUGGCCUGCUGCACCACUCCUACUCCCACCCUCUGUCCGCUGCCCUUGAGUCUUCACACAACUACGUCAACACAGAGAAUGUGACGGCGCCGCUCAGUGCCCACCGGCCUGAAACGGCACGGCGCCGCACAGAUGGACCGACCAUCUUCAACUUCGACUUCCGCCGGCCGCCGCUACCGGGUCACCCAGAGCCGCCCAAAACGCUCAACUACAUCGAGGUGGAGAUGGACAACAGUGCGGGGAACAAGGGUGCUUCAGAUGGCAGCAACCCCCACACGCCCCGCACCCCCACCUCCCCGCUGCCCCCCACUACCCCCACCCGCCGCACCGAGCUCUACGCCCUUAUCGACAUCGAGCGCACUGCCGCCAUGUCCAACCUGCAGAAGGCCCGGCCGCGAGACGACGGCACGUCACGCAAGACGCGACACAACAGCACGGAGCUGCCCACCAAAAGCACUGCGUGACACGCACCUUCCACUUCCUGUUAACCAUUUGUGUUGUUUGAUAAGACGGACGGAGCUUCUUUAUAUUCCCACAAGGAGACAGUGACAGACUCCACCAAGUCUUACAUGACUUAAUGACUUCCUGUGCGGCCACCUUCGCAAGUGGGCUGUCACAAAUGAACCUAGGUACUUGCCAUAUAGCGGUUUCUUCCUACGGUGAUGUAAUACCUCUGUUGGGUUGAUGUUAAUGAGACUGGACUGCAUUCCUCUCCUUAUAUGGUACAAAUCAGUAUUACUGAACAAAGCAUUCCAUUUAGCCUUUUUAUAUGAUUCACUACAUGCUGCUGUAAUUCAGUAUCUAAGGAUGACAUGGUACACCACAUUAUGUUUCUGAAUAUGUACAGUAGAUUCUGGCACAAUAAAUGUCUGUUCUGUUUUUAUUUGUA